AUGGCAAUGGAGGACAACAAAGGCAACAAUAAGAGAGCCCGGGAUGAGUCAGAGGAUUCUGAGUUAGAGGUUAACUCGGUUCCUUAUUUAAAACUCGCUCGAGUGGACUUGGCAAAUACUAGCUCCAACUCGCCCGAGUUUACUCACUUCGAACCCGACUCCUAUGACGGGUACUUUCGGUCGCCGGAGGCAAAGCGUAUCCAGGAGGAUUUGCUGAACAUCCUGGACGAUUCUGACCCGGUCAUUGGACCUGACCCAGCGAUUAAGGGACUUGACUCGGUCAUCAAAAGCUUCGAAGAAGAGAUCCUAGUUCCGACUAAGGCGACGCUACCGGUGAUGUCAUCGGAUUCCGGCGAUUUCCGGCCGGAGCUAGGCUUUCUUUUAGAGGCUUCAGAUGAUGAGCUGGGUUUGCCGCCGAGUUUUUCGUCUGUAGAGGAGGAGCAGAAAGUUGGGACAGUUGAUGUUGAGGAAGGUGGAGGGUUAGGAGCUGUUGGAUUUGGGGAAACGAUGGGGUAUGAGUUUCCGAUUCCGAGUUACGAAUCGUUGGAGUUCGGAAUCGGGGGUGACUCGGAUGCCAGCAAUAAUAAUCAUAGUAAUAGCGGUGAUUUUGUGGCGUUAGGAGGCUUGUUUGAACCGGCGGUGGAUAUUUCGGAGCUGAUGUGGCGGCCUGAAUCGCUUUCCACAUUUUAG